AUGUACGGCUAUAGGAAACGUGUAUAUGUAAGCAGGUCGCAAAAGGCCCAAUCAAACAGGCGUAGAUCUGCUUACACUUUCCAGAGGCGUUGGUAUCCUGGGUCCCUGGGUCCUGAUAUUAUUGUUUGGCGAAUGUCUCACCAUCACUAAUGAUCUUCUCAAAGCA